AAACCACUCUGAGGUCCGGUUCUGGCGCUGACACACGGCCCCUGAAGGCCGAGUCCCUGGCACAAAACACCAAGCGUUACCGUACAUCACUGUCUAGCUUAGGCUAAGCUCUCUAGCUAGCUAAGCUUCUACGCUAAGUGCUCGCUCUUGGGCUCCCAAAGGGCAAAGACUACGGCUUUUCUCUUUUCAAUAAAGCGAAAGAGCCGUUACCCUCUUGAAGUAGCUCAAGAACAAGGACGUUGCUGAUCGCUUUAGUGGUAUAUAGAAGAAGAAGCGGAAGAGGAGGAGGAGGAGGAAGAGGAAGAAGGAGGCAUUGCUUGCUUGAAGAGCUAUGGCCAGGGGAUUCAGGCUUAUCUUUGCGUCUUCACUUUUGCUCAUGCUUUUAGAUUUCUGCAGGGGAAGCACGAUUGGAGUUUGCUAUGGAAGAAAUGCCGAUGACCUCCCCACACCUGAUAAAGUGGCCCAGCUGGCUCAACUACAUGAUAUUAAGUAUGUGAGGAUUUAUGACUCCAAUAUCCAGGUUCUCAAGGCAUUUUCGAACACCGGAGUUGAACUUAUGAUUGGAAUUUCAAAUUUUGAUUUAUUGCCAUUCUCCCAGUUCCAAUCCAAUGCAGACACUUGGCUGAAGAACAGCAUCCUUCCAUACUAUCCAGCCACAAAAAUCACAUACAUAACUGUUGGUGCUGAAGUUACAGAAAGCCCCAGUAAUGUCUCUGCCCUAGUAGUACCUGCCAUGAAAAAUGUCCUCACAGCUCUCAGAAAAGUUGGUUUGCACAAGAGGAUCAAAGUUUCAAGUACCCAUUCCCUUGGGGUUCUGUCCCGAUCAUUCCCACCCUCUGCAGGGGCUUUCAAUAGCAGCCAUGCUUUUUUCCUGAAGCCUAUGCUGGAGUUUUUGGCUGAGAACCAGUCACCUUUCAUGAUAGAUAUUUACCCUUUCUAUGCUUACAGAGACUCCCCCAGCAAUGUGUCUCUAGACUAUGCUCUGUUUGAAUCAUCCUCUGAAGUUAUUGAUCCAAACACUGGUUUGCUGUACACAAACAUGUUUGAUGCCCAGAUAGAUGCUCUUUAUUUUGCACUGAUGGCUCUGAAUUUUAGAACAAUUAAAAUCAUGGUCACUGAAACCGGUUGGCCUUCCAAAGGUUCUCCCAAGGAGUCAGCUGCUACUCCUGAUAAUGCUCAGACUUUUAAUACUAAUCUGAUUCGGCAUGUCAUUAACAAUACCGGCACUCCUGCAAAGCCCGGACAGGAGCUCAAUGUUUAUAUCUUCUCUUUGUUCAAUGAAAAUAGGAAGCCUGGGUUGGAAUCUGAGAGGAACUGGGGACUAUUUUAUCCAGACCAGACGAGUGUCUAUAGCCUGGAUUUCACUGGAAAAGGUGCUGCAGUAAUGACUACAGCGGCAAAUGUUACGAGUUCAAAUGUAACAACAUGGUGCAUAGCUUCAAAUAAGGCUACUGAAAUGGACUUGCAGAAUGCCUUAGACUGGGCAUGUGGUCCUGGGAAUGUGGACUGCACUGCUAUUCAGCCUAGCCAACCUUGUUAUGAACCCGAUAAUCUAGUCUCACAUGCAUCUUUCGCAUUCAAUAAUUAUUACCAGCAAAAUGGGGCUACUGAUGUUGCUUGCAGUUUUGGAGGGACAGGGGUUAAAGUUGAUAAAAACCCAAGCUAUGAUAAUUGCUUUUAUAUGACCACUGGGAGCAACAAAACAGUAGCAAGUAAUACAACAGCAAUGUCUUCAACCGCUUCUUAUUCUACACAGAAGGAAGUUCCCACAUGGGUUUCUAGUUGUCUUCUCGUGACUUUCUUCUCAUUCCUUUUGAACACCGGUCAUACCCGAUAAGUUUGACCUUUAAGCAGUGUAAAGAUUUAGCCUCCUCCGAAAUGAGAGUUUGGAGCUUCUUGAGAUGCAAGUACAUGUAUUAGCUUGAGGAGAGCUCUCCAUAGAUGCACUCGGCUGAGCAGCGACCCCCCAACCUUUGUAGUUUGUAUGAUGGUGAAAGUUGCUAAGAAGAUGGCAGCAAGAGAAUGCCAUUUCUGGGUGUUGAGAACAUAUCCUGUAUUUUAAGCACAAGAACGAGUGGAUUGUUAUGAUGCCCCUUUUGUGUCCUCAGAGGACAUGUUUAUCUAAGUAUGAAACACCCCUUUAACUUCCUCCCUCA